CAGCGGAUGUUGGUAGCUAUGCCAGGAUGAAAAUGGUUAUAUUUUAAGCAUGAUGUCAUCCCCUGAGCAAAGUGAAAUAAGCCAGAAGGCAAAUGUAGACAGGUAUGCCCAAUUUGUUUUAAAGUUCCAGAAACCCAUUCAGCCUUACAUCUGCUCAACUCUGAAUGACUUUCAAGAAGACAGAGACUUUUUGGCAAACUACAUAUUUCCUCAGCUUAAUGAACUCUGCAGUUCCCGGGGCACAUAUUUCAAAGCCGUAGACCUGAGGUGGCUGGCGUUGAUGGCCCCGCCACCCUUAUCCUCCAACCUGUUUAGACAGCAUUCUUGUCUCCACUCCCAGUAUCUGAAGCUCUGUCUCGACUAUGUGAACACCUGCUUUCCCUUUUUCAUCUGCAUGCUGGGUCAGACAUAUGGGGACUUUCUCCCUGAGUACGUGCCUUUACUGUUCUCCAAAGCAACUGACUUGUCAAGUUUAUCCACAGUAGAGCAGAAUCUCUAUGUUGCUGCAAAAAAUGGUUAUCCUUGGGUCCUGGAGAGUCCCAACUACAGUUUGACGGAGCUUGAGAUCAUCCAAGCAGCAUUUCUGAAUGAGUCUCAAUUUCAGUAUUUUUACUUUAGGACCGGAACCACGCUGCUGAAGACUUUAGAUGAGGAAAAAGAGAGGCUGUCCUCAGGCUCUCUGAAUGACGAAGAAAAAUUAAAGAUCGGAAAACUUAAGGCCAAGAUUAUUAGCAAAGGACUCCCUGUCCGAUUUUAUAAAGAUCUCCACGAGUUGGGUGAGCUGGUUUUCAAGGACUGGUCAGUUGUGAUAGAACAACUUUACCCAGCCACUUUAAUGAUUGAAAAUAUGGACUAUAAGCACAACUUUGAACGUUUCUAUCAUGAAGAGUUUACUGAGAAGUGCAAGCAAGUGUUUGUUAUUUCCAAGGAAUCAAGUAGAACCUUCGAAAUCUUGGAAAGAUUUGCCUUAAAGGAUGUGGGAUUUGAUUUUAACAGUGCCGCAGCAGGUUCCAGUUUAGACUCUAUUCUCAGAAUAAAUCCUCUUCCAGUUUACAAGUCUAUUUUGCUCUUGUCUGGAGAACGUGGUUGUGGGAAGUCUACUCUGGUCGCCAACUGGGUGAAUUAUUUCAAAAAGAAAUACCCCAGCAUGUUGAUGAUCCCUCAUUUUGUGGGCAGCACUUGUGAAAGCAGUGACAUCAUGUCCGUGAUACAUUACUUCAUCACAGAGUUACAGUACAAAAACUAUGGUACUGGAAUCAAGCCUUUAACUUUGGUGAAUUUUGUAAAAGAUUUCUCUUGGCUGCCAUGCUUACUGCCUCCUCAUUGCAAAUUUAUCAUGAGCACUGUCUCCUCCAGCCUGUCGUACAAGUCGCUGUGUGCCCGCCCAGAUGUGAGGACAGUGGAGCUCCUGAGCGUAGGAGACGAAGAAGUGAAACUAAACAUCUUUCAACAGUAUCUCUUCAUUCCCAACAAAGAUCCGCUCCGACAGAGCAAACACACUUUGAGGAAAAGAACGCACCUGAACCCUUUAAAACUCACAAUCCUAGCAAAUGAGCUGAGAGAAUGUAGAAUCUACCGAGAUGAGUAUCAGUGUCUGAAGGAGUACUUGGAGGUGGUCUCCAUUCAGGAGCUCUGGGAAUUGAUUCUGAAACGCUGGAUUGAAGACUAUAGCUGGACUUUCAUACCAAAAAGGGCCAAUUCAGACACAGUGGCUUCAGGAGAAGUGCUGGAUGGCUGGGUGGUCGAUGCUCUGUGCUUAUUGAGCAUCUCACAUUGUGGACUGACUGAGGAUGAGAUAUUCCAGAUUUUGGACAUGCUGGGCUACAGAGAUCAUUACAAAGUGACCACGUUGCACUGGGCUGCCUUCCGCAAUGCCACCAGACACUGGGUCCAGGAGAAGCCUAAUGGCCUCCUGCACUUCAGGCACCAGUCCCUGCGGAAUGCUGUGGAGCACAAGCUUCUUGGUGUGCUCACUCCUGUCAGAGAAAGCAGUCCAUAUACCUUUCAGAAUCCAACGAAUCACAGGAAAACACAUUUCCACCGAGUCUUAGUCCGUUUCUUCCAACGGCAGACGGCUUUCUGGAGAGUGUAUGAGGAGCUGCCAUGGCACAUGAAAAUGAGUGGCUCCUGGGGGGACUUGUGCAGCUUCCUCUCAAGCCCCAGUAUCACAGACUUUAUAUCAAAGAUCCAAAACCCAAGCUUCUGGACAAGGCUGCACCUCAUCCACUACUGGAAUGUGUUAGCAGAAGUUGGAUACGAUGCUGCUGGGGCCUAUUUAUUCACGGUGGCCAAGAUUAAAGCCGAUAAGUGCCAUAAAGUGAAGAAGAGACAUACCCUCUCAGCAUCUUCUCCGCCUUCUGUAGUUCCAGCCUUGACCUCCUUUUGGAGCAUCUGCAUAUGUGCCCCGCUUCCCGAGGGCCACGGGCACUGUUGUUGCUCCAUCGACGGCUUUCCUGAGCUGGAUAAUCGGUACGGCUCUCUGCGAUACUGCAAACAUGCUGUUUGUAUGAUCAUCUGCUGCCUUGCUUCCUCUGCGCUUCCUCCCUUCGCUCACACCGUGGCUGAUCAGCUGACCGAAGAACAGACCGCUGCACUCAAGGAAGCUUUCUCCUUAUUUGACAAAGAUGGCCAUGGCACCAUCACAACAAAGGAACUUGGAACUGUCAUGAGGUCACUGGGCCAGAACCCAACAGAAGCCGAAUUGCAGGAUAUGAUCAACGAGGUGGAUGCUGACGGUAAUGGCACCAUUGACUUCCCAGAAUUUCUGACUAUGUUGGCUAGAAAAACGAAAGCCACAGUGAAGAAGAAAUUCUCAAAGCAUUCCGAGUCUUUGACAAGGAUGGCACUGGUCACGUCAGCGCGGCGGAGCUACGUCAUUCAUGACCAACUUAGGAGAAAAACCGAUAAAGAAGGAGAUGCAAUGAUCAGAGAAGCAGGUAUUGAUGGAGACGGACAAGUCAGCAAUGAAGAAUUCAGUCAGUCCUUGACAGAGAUGCUUCUCGAAGUACAGAACACUACUGGAGAACUCUACCUUGAAAUAGGAAUGACUCAGGAGGGCUUCCAAUAUUUCCAGAAAGCGUGGUCCAACCUGGUGGAUUUUUCACCCAGCAACAUGAAAGACAACCAGGACUUCGUGAAGCAGAAAGGCAGAGUGCUGAACAACCUGGCAAAGUCAGCAACUGAGAAGUACUUAAAAGAAAAUCACAUUUUGGAAUGUGCUGCUGAAAUUUCCAGCUUAUUGGACAACAGCCCCCGUGAUCAGGCUACCAUGAAAUACACCGAAGGUGUUCUGAUGUUUGUUGCUGGAAACACUUCUCUUGCAAGAAUGAGAUUUCAAGAAUGCUUAACUAUCAGGAGAAGUUUAUUUGGUGAGAAAAACAUCCUAGUUGGAGAAAUUAUGGAAUUUUUAGCAGAUUUACUAUUUUUUCUACCAGGAGAUAGUGAAAGAUUCCAAAAGAAGCAAGCAAUUGAAUAUUAUAAACAAGUGAUACAAAUAAAGGAAAAUGCGGGGACUUUCACCAACUCCUCACUCGUCAGGAAGCAGCUGAGCAUUAGCCUCAGUGAUACCUUGUGUAAAUUAGCAGGUCAGUUAUUGAUAAGUGACUCUGGUCAUCACGUCAUGACUGAAGCAGUGGGCUAUUUGUACAGAUCACUUGAUUUAAGGGCGACCUACCUGGGAUCUUCUCAUUCAUCAAUCCAUGGAAUCCUGCAGCUUCUGAGGGAAAUUGAGUGGAUCAGGAGUAGGAGAUGUUGGCCUCAAGGCAUCAGCCGGCAGUAUUCUGAGGGUUCUAGGAAUGGCACCUCGUUAUGGGAGCACUUGCUUAAAUUAAACUACCACAGUGCUCAGAGUUCUAAUACAGUGAGCUCUGCAAUAUGCAUGAAUGCAGAUAAGCUACAGAGAGCUAAAAGCAUGGACUUGGAAUCUCAUACAAUUUCAGAUAAAUCAAAAUAUGCUUCUGGAAAAGGGAAAAAGGUCUUGAGACCCAUUAUUUCCGUUUCUAUUGAGGAGAAGACCCCACGGAAGACACAAAAUAAUGUUGAGCUAUGGAAUGGCCCAGAGAAAGAAGCUUCGUUGAAAAAGCAAGAUUAUUCCUCUAAGAUCUUAUCUUUGGGUAAAAUGGAUGGUGUAGUAAAGCUUUCACGGCACAGGAUUUUGUCAGCUAAAGGCAAGAGUGAAAAAGGCCAAAUCACCACCAUUUACCGGCAUCCCUUGGUAAUAGGGUCUCUUAGUACAAAUAAUCCCUGGGAAUCCAUAUCUGAGCUCAUAUCAGAAAAGUGGUUUUUUCAUAGCCCAGAUUACAGUUCAAUUUCCCAGAAGAGUUUUUUUGAGAGAACCUCCGUUUGAACCAAAUUGUUGAAGACCUCAAAUGAUACUAAUAAAGUAUAA